AAGUGCAGAGCCCCGGCGGUGGCAGGACUGUGGCCAGCAGCGACGGUGGCGACUUAGUGUUCGUGCGUCCGCCCGCGAGUGUGUGUGCGUGUUUUGUUGCUGCUGCGCUAAAUAUCGAGUAGUCGUCGUUGUCGUCACGCUGUGCGUGAAGAAACAAGCAGGCACAGCGGGUGUCGUCAGCUGUUUGUUGGCGAGCGCGGACUAUCAUCGAUAAGAAACGGUGCGCCUGAGGCGGAGGGGAAAGCGAGGCGUGCAUAGUGGACAGGCGAAAACGGAGGGAAGGAGUGAGCUAGGCAUCGCGAUCCGCGGGAAGCUAACUCCGAAACGACGAGGGGCGGACUGGAUCGUGGUGUGUGUGCUAGUCGAUGGUCGUGCAGCGUCCGCGUGCGAGCGCGAUCUCGACGGGAACAUGAUGGCGUAAACCUCGCCGUGCUCCGGAAGCGACGGACCGAGCGAGAUAGAAGAGCGAGAAAACGCGAGAAGAGGAGGAAGAGACCGACGGAGAAGGAAAGGGAGAGAGACGCGCGCCGUUCAUAUUCGUCUGUGUCGCGGUGGUGGCCGUUGCGGAGCGCAGCCGAUCGUCCGCGUCCUCCGUUGUAGCUCGCGUCGUCGUCGUCGUCGCCGUCGUCGUCGCUCAUUACCGUUGCUCGCGAGCGAGCGAAACGCAACGCGCCGAGCGACUCGUCGUCCGGAGGUGAUCGAGACGUCGUUGCGCGUGCGGUAGUGUGUGCUGUUUGCAGUGCUGUUGGAAAGUCAAGGAGGGAAACAAGUGGAGAAGGUAGUGCGGUUCUAUAAACGCGAUUCGUCCUCGUCAUCGUCGUCCGUCGCGAUCAACCCUGUUGCUGGCGACCGCGCCACGCCGCGUCCUGUCGCGUCCUGUCGCGCCGUUUUGUUUGUUUGUGUUUGUUCGCGGAUACUCGCGAGGUGGUGCCGACCCGGACGCCAGGUAGCCAGCGACAGCGUGUCCCGACUGCAGCGGGGGAUAUAGUAUUACGAUGAUCAGUGACACGUGCGGAUAUGUUCUCUUCCUGCUACUGCUGUUGCUGGUUCCCUACAUCGAGAGUGCUCGCCGGUUGAACGAGUACAUCCGCCACUACGAAACGCUAUCAUAUCCCGUCGAGGAGGUCCAUCGAAGUCACCUGAGGGCGAAGAGGUCGAUCAACCGCGAUAGCACUGUAACGUUGAAGUUCCGCGCGCACGGCAAGGACUUCCACAUCCGAUUAAAGCGGGACUUGACCACUUUUAGCAGCAAUCUAAUUAUCGAGGGAUCCAAGGGAGAGAGACGGCACGACUCCGACGUUUCACACAUUUACCAGGGUAACCUAAUCGGCGAGCCUGGUAGCCACGUGUUCGGAAGUGUCAGUGAUGGAGUCUUCCACGGGAAGAUAGUAUCACCGAAAAGUGGUGCGUGGUAUGUGGAAAAGGCGCAUUACUACUUUCCAUCACACGAGAUAAACGAGACGUUACAUUCUGUGAUCUAUCAUGAGGAUGACGUCGGUGAUCCGUACGCGGACGUUCGACAAGGCGACAGUAGUGGAUGUGGUAUUACGAACGAGGUAAUACAAUGGAUGGAGCGUAUCCAGAAUUCCGCCGAACCAGACGAACCGCCUAAAACGAUCACGUCGGCGAACCAAAAGGAGCCGAAACCAAAUAUUACACCUUGGAAUGGUGAUCACGAGAAACCUGGUCAUAAGUACAGUAGAGAAGCCAAUGAACCUAGUCAUCGCAGACAGCGAAGAGCGACCAGGUCGAAGGAGAACAAUACUUGUUCGCUCUUCAUACAAACGGAUCCUCUUAUAUGGAGACAUAUCUCUGAACAGUUGCAUCAUGACGCGGAGAAAACCAGAGAGGAAAUAUUGUCCCUGAUCGCUCACCACGUCACCGCCGUGAAUUACAUCUAUAGAGACACGAAAUUCGAUGGCAGAACGGAGCACAGAAACAUCAAGUUUGAGGUUCAACGAAUAAAGAUCGAUGACGAGACGGCGUGCUCACAACAACCGUACACUGAACCGAACCCGUUCUGUAUGGAGAAUAUCGACGUCAGCAACUUCCUGAAUUUGCACUCCCUCUCAAAUCACGAAGACUUCUGUCUCGCCUACGUCUUCACUUAUAGGGACUUCACCGGAGGCACCUUGGGGCUCGCUUGGGUCGCGUCCGCAUCCGGCGCGUCCGGUGGUAUCUGCGAAAAGUUUAAAACUUACACGGAAACUGUGGCCGGCCUUUAUCAGUCCACCAAGAGAUCCCUGAACACCGGCAUCAUAACUUUUGUGAAUUACAACAGCCGAGUGCCGCCCAAGGUGUCGCAGCUGACUCUGGCGCACGAGAUAGGCCAUAACUUUGGAUCACCGCACGAUUUUCCGCCGGAAUGCAGACCGGGUGGCUUGGACGGUAAUUAUAUCAUGUUCGCCUCGGCAACGAGCGGAAAUCGACCGAACAACAGCAAGUUCUCAAAGUGCAGCAUUGGCAAUAUCAGCAACGUCCUAGAUGCUAUCGAGGAUAACAAGAAGAGAAACUGUUUCACUGGAGCAUUUUGCGGGAACAAAAUUGUUGAGACUGGCGAGGAGUGUGAUUGCGGAUACGAUGACGAUGAGUGUGUGGACAAAUGCUGCUAUCCUAGACAAGUGUCCGAGCUGGAUAAGAUCAAGAAUGAGACGGCGAAAGGCUGCAGUAGGAAAUAUGGAACACAAUGCAGUCCUAGCCAAGGACCUUGCUGUUCGAGUGAAACGUGUCAAUUUGUGCCACUCUCCCAUAAGGUUCAAUGUAGAGCUGAAUCAGACUGUAGUUACAAUUCUACCUGUAACGGAAGAUCCUCCGAAUGUCCGGCGCCGCUACCCAGGGCCAAUAAGACUAGAUGCAACGAAGGCACUCAACUGUGUAUCAACGGGGAGUGCACCGGAUCCAUUUGCCUGGAGUGGAAUCUGACAGAGUGCUUUUUAACGAGCAGCAUCAUACCGAACAUCGACAAGCGAAAGCUCUGCGAAUUAGCCUGUCAAAAUGGCACCGAUGCAUCAACAUGUCGUGGCACGAGCGAGUUUGCGCAUAUGGUGGGACUGCCCGAGGGUGGAAUGAGCCUCAGACCUGGCUCACCCUGCGAUAAUUUUCAGGGUUAUUGCGAUGUCUUCUUGAAAUGCCGAGCCGUCGAUACGGAAGGACCACUCGCGAGAUUGAAAAAUCUACUGUUCAACAAAGAAACUUUAUCGUCGGUGGCGCAAUGGAUAACCGAAUUUUGGUGGGCAGUGCUGUUGAUGGGUAUAGCUUUCAUCAUAUUUAUGGGACUGUUUAUCAAGUGUUGUGCCGUGCAUAUUCCUUCCACGAAUCCUAAAAAGCCGCCAGCGAGGCGUAUCAGUGAUACAUUAACAAGACCGAUGAAUACCCUUAGAAGAAUGCGACAUCCGCACGGUGGGGGUGGAGCCGGGCCAAGAAGUAUACCCCCACGAUCGAGUCAAGGCGGACACGGAACGCGUGGACCAUCUCACGGUUAUGGCGAGGGUAGGGGUGCUCAGUAUUAUCCGAAAGCAGGCUAUCGCUCGGUUCCCACAGCUAGUGCGCCACCAAGUAGCGGGUCAGCAGACAACUACAGCCGUUCCAACCACCCAGAACUGUAUGCCGGCGCCUAUUCGGGCUCCGGGGGAGGCGGGAGGGGCGCAGCCUAUGAGAUGAGGCAUCACAACAAGGUGUGACGAUCCUAGGACGUCGUCACGGGCAAGGACCACCAGUCGCGGCAUUGCACCACGAGUCGUUGUGUAAAGAACGAUUGCCAAACGCGAAGGGUUACCGAUCCACUCCACCUAAGAAACGCGACGAUGUCUCAUAACUGAGGUCGAAGCAAUAAUGACGAGGUACAGCGUGAUGAUACGGCACGAUGGUCGAACAGAUUGAGAGGUCCGACGCUUUUACCUAAGUUGCGUUGAAUUCACAGAACGCGGAAGAGCCCGCGCGUUACUUGUAGAUACAAAGAAAGUACGCAUUAGUGAUCAAAUCGAUCUCUCAUUUUGUAUCGGUUCGGUAGAUGUGAUUUCGCAAGGACAAACGCUGCGAACGGCGACCCGGAAGAACGAGUUUUGACCGGGAUCACGAUAGUAUAAAGAAUAUGUCGGAAUAUCGUGAAUACCGAGAAUUUUAUAUAUGUAAUCUUUUUUAUGUAGCACACAAUAUGGUGUCUUUUGCGUCGCCGUUCAGGAAGAACUCGUCACAUGAUCAAAUUUUAGAACGCUUCGAAAAAGACCUUCGCCAGUGAACGAAGGCGACAUUGUUAUAUGAUCAAAGUAAUUUAAAUCGAUCCAACGUGUGAUUCAUUUCGCUUUAGUGAUCGACGCUGUAUUUGGCACAGCGACGAAAGCGGCGGUGUUGAAAUGUAUCUUCGUCCUUCGACACUAUGAGCAUUUAAGGCCAUGAUUAUGGUCUUUAUGUGAUGGCGUCCUUCGAGAUGUCGAUACUGUGCAUGUCGCUCUCGAAAGUUAAAUUAAGAUGAGAAUCUCUUUGUUUGCUAGAGAUUGCGAGUUUAGUGGAAAAUUGGUAAUAAGACAAUACGUCCUUAGAUAAACGGCAUAUAUAUGUAACUAAGUUUUCCAAGGACAACGUUUUACUCAUAUUUUUUGUUUAUCGAUAAAUAUAGAACAAAGUCAUUUUUUAUUCAAAUCAAAAUUUUAUUGCGGGACGAUAAACGAUUUGACUUAAUUUUUGAACUCGAUAGAUAUCACGAUACAAGCAAAAAAAUUAGUAUUGUUGUAUAAAAUCACCGUACAAAUAACGUUAUUUAUUAUUCGCAAUUUUAAUGACUGAAAUGUUUUAUAAACGACUUUCUGGAGCGAAAUGUCACUCUACCAUUACCAAACCAUCGCAGGUCAUUCGCUUGAUCUCUGUACCAUUGUAGCAUAAUAAUUAACACUAUGUAUUAUUCUUAUACUAAUUUGUGUAUUAGCCAAUUGAAGUGAAUGAACCUAUGCGAGAUUAUGAGAGAUAUAAGAGCAGCAACAACAAAAUAAUGCGUUUCUAUAGCGAUAUUCCAUUAACUAUUACAUAUGAACGAAAAUGAUAUUGAUUAUUAUUAAGCUGUACCGAUUAUUGAUAUUAUUACUAUUAUUGAUUAGUUAUAUCUUGCAGAUGAUAAUUUAUCUCCGCCUAUUACGAGAGAAUGUUAUAAGUUAUAUUUAAUUAAAAACGCGUUUUAACAUGCUAUAUUAAGUCGAGGGCUGCACCGUAAACGCGCUACUAUGCGUACAGCGGACCAAAGACGAGCCCUCUUAUCGAAAUGCGAACGUGUUAUAUGAUAUAUGUAUAAUAAUAUAUGUAUAUAAUAUAUAUUAUAUAUGUAUAAUAUAUAAUAUAUAAUAUAUAUGUACACAUGGGCUCACACGUACACAGCUGCAUACUCGUAAGCAAGAGACACGAGAUCAGUUCUCAUUCUCGAGUUGAAUCGUAUCUGGUGCUGUCAGACCAUUGUCGAUACGAUUAAUGCACUUCCCUUCUCUGAAACGCCAAAUCUGACGAACAAACGACUGAGUUUUUUUUUCACUUAUCGACAUCUCUUUAUGCAAAUGUCGUAGUCCGUGUUCGAUCCCGUUCGGAUUAUAUCAAUUUACGAUGAUACAGAUAAUAUUAAACAUACGCGAAAAGCACAUUCAAGUUAACGACGUAUAUUAAAUCGAGAUUUGUCUCCGAGGAAAACUGAUGAAACACGUGCUACUUGAAACUAGAUUUAUUUUUUUCGUCAGUUUUUAUGACUGUUACCUUUACCACUUUAACAUAACUUUCAUAAUGUUUAAUGUUCUAGCAAUUCAACGCAAUUUUCUGAACUAGAAAAUUAAGAAAGAGUUUUAUUUUCGUGAUAUUCAAUAUUUUAUCAAUUUUAUUACAAUCAUUCGCGUAACAAAACACUUAUGUAUUUUAAAGUGCAGCGCAGAUAAAACAAUAGUUACAUCCAUCAUCAAUGGCGCCAUUGUCAUUUUUGCCAUUUCAUAAGGACAGUGAAAUGUUUUGGGAAUCUUACAUCGGUUUUUAUUUGAUCACAGUCAUGUAGCAAUUUGUAGAGCAUAAAGAUGAAAAUUUAGUCGCAUUUGCAAAUAUCGAUUGGUGUGAUUAAUAUAUCUCUAUGUCUAUCUGCAACUGAAUUACAACUCUCUGCGUUGUAACUUUAAGACUGUGUUUUAUCUAGGCAAAAGGAUGGAUAUAGGGAUGCAGGAUUAAAACGAGGAGGUGCCAGCAAAGACGCUAUAAUACGAGUUUGCAAAUAGUGUGGAAAUGUACAAUAGAUGCAAUGUGAUUAAUAGGUGGAUCAUACGAGAUCUUGUGAGAGAAUAGGCGAGAGGGAAUAUGAAAGAAAAAUGGGACGGAAAGUAAAAGUUUUUCGGGCGUGCGAGAAAAUAUUGUGAGUGAGAGAACGCGAGAAAGAAAUCGCGAGUGUGUAUAUCUGUGUAAAUAUAACUGAUAUUAUAAAAUGAUUAUAUAACUAUAACAAAAAUGGUAAAGCGAAUACAAAAAAUACUUGUUUUUAUAUCAGAUCUGUAUUAUAGCGAAAUAUUAUUCUGUAUUUUGUAAUCAGGACGGAAGUUAAGGAUGACGAGCGAGUGUCUGUACGUGCGUGUAAUCGAGCCUUUAGGUUUUAAGCAGCUAAGUUUCUGUGACGAUCCAUCGUGGACCGGCGGAAUCGAUUAACGUUAUUUAGAAAGUUUCGAGAUUUCUUGCGUGUAGAUGCAAAGGAAUUCCCCAUUUGAUCCCAUUCGAAGUCGCUCGUAAUACCAUUGAACGAUUUAGUCUGUUUCGAUGCAAGCAACAAUCCGCGACAGUCAGCGGACGUGAUUUACUGCCAAUGAACGUAACGAGAUGCAAUUUGUGUCUUCGAUUAAUUUUAAUGCGUUAGUGUAUCGUUAGAAAUGUUUCCCGCAAAUAAAUGUUAGUUGUGAUCUUUUAAACGUGCGAUAAUAACGAUCACAUGAAUAUUUUAGAAAAUUAUCAUACAAAGGAGACUUUUUAUAUGUCCUUUUUUUUGGAUUUCUUUUUACGCAGAAGACCGAGAAACCUUUUCCAUGUGUUAAAGAAAAAGCGCGAAAUAAUGUCGUUCGAAGAGUCAUCGAGAAUCUCUGGGCGAUCAUUCCGUUCUGAGCCACUGCCAUUUGAUGAGCAAUCUCGAGGUAGUUAGAACUCGCUUUUGGAACGAACUGAAACGUUCCGAUCGAACGACGGUGCGCGGAUUACUUUUGCUUCCAUCUCACUGCCAUUACUUCGAACGACUGAGCAUUAUGAUUAAAGAUCACAGGUACAAGUUCGUAUACGACAUAGCGAAUAUUUCAAAGAAGACGAGAACAAUUGGCCUCGUUACGUUUCGAAAAAGCCUAAAGAACGAGCGUGGAAUGGGAUCAGGGCGCGGUUACUAAAAAUUGACAGUGAAGUCACUUGCGCGUACGGGAGAACUAUAAGAUAAGAAUAAAUUUUCCUUCAUCAUUUGUUCCAGACCUCUAACUACAUAUGCUUAAGCUUAUUCGUUUCCGCGGCGUCUGGAUUAAGAUGUUGACUUUCAUUCCCUGCGAUAACAAAACUUCCUUCACGCGCUUCACAAGAGCGUAACGUGUCAAAUCACCGAAUAUAUAAGUAUAUCACGUCGACAGAACGAUAACGAAACCGAAAUCUUUGAGGGCAUCGCGAUUGGUGUGCCGUAUCUAUCUUAAUCCAGAGCCGUAUUACUGUGACGCGAUGCACACACUACUCUAUCACUUGUACAUAAUGUUAGAGAGAAAAGAACAAAAAAAAAAAGAACAAAUCGAAGAUUAUAUUUUUUCUAUCGAUCCAAAAACGUGGUGACCUAUCAACAUCGUGCAUCCGGGAUUAUUUAAGCGGAACUUUGUGCCCUUUGUACUGAUCACUUCGCGGAUAAUUAAUUGUUUUCUGAAGGAACCGUAGGUUUUUUAUUUUAAGAGACCGUUACUUGGAUAUCACUAAGCACCAAGUGGCCCUUACGUUCGUGCCGUACCUCUACUUUUAGUCGGUGCAACUUCGAGUGAUGCGUUUUUUAGAGAUGUAUCUCAUUUUUGUAUUUCUCUUUAUUGUAAAUCAUAAAAUCUGUAUUGUAAAUUAUAAUUGAGCAUGAUACUGACCAAUCGCCUGAAUGUAGAUUCAGACCACCACUCUCUCUUUUCCCAAAAUGUCUAGAAUGCGGCGAGUGUUUUAAGGAUAUUAUAAAUAAAAAAAAAAAAAGAUUAUGAUUGUGAAUAUCUCUUGUGUUAUGUUAAUGUGAUUAAAAGAGACAAAAACAUUGUAAAGAAAACUAAAUAAAGCAUACAUUUUACAUUUA